UACUCUUUAAUCUUAAAAUGCGAAGCAGUCGGCGUAGUGGCGUUUUUUAAUGUCCAGGUCAUGGCAACACAACCGCUAUUCACCGAUCAGUCUUUAUUGGUUUUCAGAAAUUAGUAAAUUGGUUUAUUGAAGACUUCACUUGGCACGUAUUCGCUGGAUUUCCUUACGCUCAAGCUGCUCAGUCUUCACGUUGUGUUAUGCGACCAAAAUAGAUCGAAGCUCAGUUUUCAUGGAUCGCAGUCUGGACUCUAUUGGCAGCUGUUCACUGGAUGUAGACGCCGACUCCUCCGAUAUAUCAGAUACCAGUGGGAGCCUGAACUUCCCAACGCCGCUGUCAGUAAGGGACAUAACACGCGAAUUCACUGCCAACCUUCGGGAGCGCUGUGUUCCUAGCUUGCCUGCCCAGCCUCAGCACAAAACCCCUGCCUACGUCGAAUCCAGGUCGACUGAGCUGGAGCACAUGGUGCUGUCACCUGCAAUUGUGGAGUGCGACCAAGAGCCGAGCUCCAAUGAUUUCGACGAGACUUCUGCAGGAAAUUCACAGGAAGCUCCCGAAAAGAAGCCCAGCUAUUUAAACCUGGCUUGCUGCGUCAACGGUUAUUCCAACCUUACCACCUACGACUCCAAGAUUCGGCAGGACAUAAACAAGUCACGCGAGGUUUCCCCGAUUCGUCCCUCCACCAGCAGUCUACAGUACUGCAAACGCAACCACUUUCUAGCGACUCCAACUCUGCACAGCAUGCCUUCUCCGGCCACCAAGUGCAAACCCAUCGAGCCUAACAACAACAGCAACGACAGUAGCGGGAAUUUCAAUUCGGGUUCUGGUCACAGCAAUGGAAAUGGCAGUUUCAUCAAGCAACGGGUGGAGCGACUUUACGGGCCGGGUGCAUUAGCACAGGGUUUCUACAGCCCCAAAAAGCACGGUCAGUCACCAUCGAAUGCUGCAGGGCGAUCGGAAAGGGGUCAUGUGGAGAUCGACUCUCUACAAGGCUCCGAACUGGCUCGGAAAUUCAAGCAGCUCUCCCCCAGUAAAGACUACGGAGAGUUCCGAAAAAAACUGCAAAAGAAAUGCUCUCAGAGUACAACGGCGAGGAUAGACGAGUCGUUGCAUUCUCCAGGGCUAAAUGGAGAUCUGGACCUGCCCGUUUUUAGGCACCUCAGUCAAGAGUUCCGCGCCCAGUUGCCUACUGUGUCACCAAAAAGGAGUGCUCCUCGAUCUUGCAUGGCUCCUGACGUACUGCUUGUAGAUAACGAGUCAAGUCCAGACCAUGGUCCCACGGACGAAGUAGACCACGAAUCCACAAAAAUGGCCAAACUAGCCUCAGAGGAAUACAUCAGCACUUCCAAUAUUUCUGUUGAAGCUGUUGUUAAGGACGGAAAUUUCUUUCUGAAAAUACUAAAAGAGGAACAAGCCCGUCUGUUGGUGCUAGCCGCUCUUGCUGAAAAAUAUGCAGACGCCUUGUCGACUAAUCCAGAUAUCUCCGAAGAUACCUUUGGGCUACUGCGAUCAGCGUCGGGUAAGGCCCGUCUCUUGGUAUCGCAGAAAAUGAAACAAUUCGAGGGUCUUUGCCACAAUAAUCUCAAUCGCUCACCAGAGGAUAAGUUUCCAACAACUCUGGAUGACUUACAAGGAUUCUGGGAUAUGGUUUAUUUGCAAGUGGAGCACGUGGAUUCUAUUUUUGCUGAUAUAGAGCAACUCAAAAGUAACGACUGGAAGGCAAAAGCACAGUCCGUGGCUGACCAACCCGAUUUGGGCACCAUACCAACUAAGAGUAAGGCAACAAAGUCGUCAAAAGUCGGUGUUUCGCAAGUGAAAACAGCCGGAAAGGCAUCCAGCGUUCGUGUGAAUGGCUCGGCACCUCCCCCACCUAACUCGGCAGCAGCUUUAAAGAGGGAGGCCCAGAGAAAACUGCUUCUGGAGAUGAAACGUCAGCGUCGCGAGGCUAUGACCGCAGCGGCCAAAUUGAAUCCCAUAGAUGGUGAUGGCGCCUCCGACGUACCGGAAAUAAUUGGCGAUAGUUGUGCUAAUCCUAGCGUUAGCAACGGAAGUUAAAUAAUGCUCACUGCGAAUAGCACUCAUGCUUUCUAUUUAUACAUAUAUUUUUAACUAACACACGUGUACCCCACAAAGGCAUGCUUAAAUUUAUAGAUAUUUCUAGUUGAAUUAAUCAUUUACUAGUCCCAACUAAAAUUAUUGUGUUGGAGCUCCUUACUGAAAUCUGUCACAAGGCGUCAAACAUCUAGGAGAUAACGAAGUAUUGUCAACAAUCGCGACUUACCUAAAGUUGUUCAUAAAUAUUGCCUUAUCCGCGAAAGAUUUCGCUAAUUAAUCAAUUUGCUGUGCACAUUAUGUAAUUGAAAAUUAAAAUUACUUGAUUACAUAUAAAAAAGACAUUUAUUCACGUUUAACAUUAUUUAAGUAUAUUAAAAACCAACAAAAUCUUUGUAUAACAUAA